AUGGUGACCAACAUGGCCAUCGCCACGAUCGCCACGAUCGCCGGCGCCAUGGCCAACACUGAAGGUUUACAGUGGCAUGCGCACCUCUACUUCGUCGGCAUUGUGCCGCACAGCACGCAUGAUCAGUGGCUUGGCGAGUAUGUCUUGGACGACGAGCCACACAAUAGCCGGCCCAUGUACUCGCUCGUGACUCCGACGCAGGAGGCCAUGCGAAGCGCUCUGCGCAAGGCGCCGCGUGGCUUCGCGCCCGAAGCCGUGCUGCGGUCGCACACACUCACGGGCCAGUGGAUCAUCGGCACGCGCUCGCAAGUUGCCACCAAUCAAGGCUGGGCCGCCGUGUACGACAAUGCGAGCACGCCGUCUGACAUCACGGGCGUGUGGCAUGUGCACGUGGGUGGGCGAGGUUGGCUGCCCGCGCCCGCGCUGCGCAUCGUCACGGGCGCGGCGGGCGAGGCCGCGGCGGUGACGCACGAGGCGCACAUCCUCGCCAAGGCCGCCGCCGCGCCCACGCGCGUGCUGCUGCACGGCGCGACGCCCAACCAUCUGCAGGCGGCGAUGUUGGGGGAGUACGUGCGAGUGGUGGAUGUGCUCUGCGACCGGCGUCCAGUCUACGAGCUCGUCGACCUCGAUGUACUUGCGACCCCCGACCGGCAGCGCAUCUUCCUGCGCUACUGCUCGGCCAACGGCCAGUGGAUGGUGGGCACCGAGGGACACGUCGGCACCGACCUCGGCUUCAUGUACGCGGCCAAUGCCAUGGCGUGGCAUCCGGCGGACAUCGCCAGCUCGACCGCGCGGAGGAUUGGGAAGACGAGCGCAAGGAAUAUCGGCCAAUGGAAGGUGAUCUCGGGCCAGGUCGAGCCCCUCACUUGGCACGACGCGCCCGAGCUGCACGUGCUCGACCUCGACAUCGAGGACAAACGACUCGCACGGGAGGCCGCCGAGCGCGAGGCCGAACUGCGGCGGCGCGCGCGCAUGUGGUCACUGAUCACGCCAGUGCUCGUCGUCGGCGCCCUCGUCCUACUGGCCUACGGCUGCCAGGAAGCACUCCGAUGGGGUCGCGAGCGGCGCGAGGCGCGGGAGGCGGAGGAGCUCCGCAAGGAGAAGCGGCGGCAGAGACGCGCCGUGGACAAGGAGGUGCGACAGUUCGAGAAGUCCCUCGGGAGCUUUGGCACAUGGCAGCCUCCGAGGCGGCGGUAG